AUGGGAAAUUGUUUUGUAUCAAAACCAAAAAAAGAAAUCUAGUCUGAGGAUUAAAGCCCUGGAAAGGAAGCUUUGAACCUAUUUAAAUAGAAGUAAAAAUUAAAGGAAGAUACUAUCACUGAACAAGUAAAGAAUGGAGGCACAAUGUUAAAAUAAGAUUCUAAACAUGCAUCAGACGUUAUCCAAGGUUAAGACGAUCACAUCAAAUAAAGAAAUGAGAAAAAGAAUAAGAAGUUCGUGAAUGGGAUCUUAUAAAAAGAUGAAUUUGUAGAGAAUGUAGAAAAAAUAGAGAAGGAUAAGAAGCCUCAUGAUUAUUAGGUUAUUUUGAAUGCUCUUGGUUAACAUUAUUUCUUUGCUCAUAUAAGUGAUUAGCAUAAGUAAAUAUUUAAUUAUGAGCCAAGAGAAGACAUAGUAAUGAAAAUGUUUUACUGCAGAGUUGCUGGCAAUGAAUUUGUAUUUUAGCAAAAUGACCAAGCAAGUGCCUAUUUUAUAAUUGAUCAAGGAGUAUGCGAAAUAAUUAUAAAUGGAGAAGUAAAAAAGUAGCUCUCCACUGGAGAUGGCUUUGGAGAAUUGGCAUUAUUGUAUGGUGCUCCUCGUUCUGCUUCAGUUAAGACUAAGGAUGAGUGUUUUUUUUGGUGUAUUGACAGAGGCACUUUUAGAGCAGCAGUUGAAGAACUAGUUUAAAAAGAAUAUGAUGAAAAUAGAAAGUUUAUUGAUUCAAUUAAAUUUUUUGAAUGGAUGACCGUUGAUCAGAAGGAUAUGAUAGCAGGAGCAAUAAUUGCAUAAUAAUUUAAGAAAGGUUAAGCCAUUGUAAAUGAAGGAGAUAUGGCUAGUUCCUAUUUCAUAAUAAAGUCAGGGAUGGUUAAAAUAAUGAAAGGAGGCAAUGAAUUAAGAUAGAUGUCUGCAGGAGAUUCCUUUGGGGAAUAAGCUCUCUACCAGAACUCAGUGAGAGGAGCAUCUGUGAUUGCAGUAGAUGAAAAUGUUUGUUGUUUAGCUAUUGGAAGAGAAACAAUCACUAAAAUCUUAGGAGAUAAGAUAUAGGUGAUUAUGUACAACAAUCUUUUGAGAUGGAGUUUUGAAAAGAAUCAAUUGCUGUGUAAAUUAACUAAAAUUCAAAUUGAAAAGAUUGUGACUAAGAUUUAGACAGUAAAUUAUGAAGCAAAUCAAAAAAUCUACACAGCAGAUCAGAAAUGCGAUAAAUUGGUUAUAGUCUUAGAAGGGAAGUUAUGCAAUAAAGAAAAAGAGAUAGCUACAAAAGGAUAAAUGGUUGGGGAUCAAUUUUUGCCUAAAAAAAAUAGAGAUAAAUUGGUUCCUUAUGAUAUAUUUUUAAAAGAAGGAGGAAAGGUGGCUUAGAUACCAUUUGAAUAAUUUUUAGAAUGUAUAGGAGGUGAAUUAGAUUAAGUGAUUUAAAAAAACGAAAAUAAUCAUGAAGUGAAAUACAUGUAGAAAUAAAUCUCAAAGUAAUAAGUCGAUUAUUUAAUCUUGGAUGAUAUGAUUCAUAUAAAGAAAUUAGGAUAAGGGUAGUUUGGUUCAGUUUAUUUGUGCAAAAAUAAAAAGGAUGGCAAAUUGUAUGCUUUGAAAUGCAUAAUAAAAAAUCAAAUAGUAGAAUAGCAUUUAGAAAAUCAUUUAACUUAAGAGAAAACUGUUCUUGAAUAAGUCUAAUUUCCAUUAAUGAUGAGAUUUUACAAAUCAAUGAAAGAUGAUAAUUUUAUUUACUUCUUGAUUGAAUACAUAAAGGGUUUGGAAUUAUUUGAUGUGAUCAGAGAUAUAGGAUUGUUGAAUACUUAUGAUUCAUAAUUUUAUAUUGCUUCUUUGCUACUUUGCAUGGAAUAUCUGCAUACUCAUCACAUUGUGUACAGAGAUAUUAAACCAGAGAAUGUGAUGGUAGAUCAUCAUGGAUAUAUUCGUUUGAUUGAUAUGGGAACAGCCAAAAUUUUGAAAGGAAAGGGCCGCACAUUUACUAUUAUUGGUACUCCUCAUUACAUGGCUCCAGAAAUAUUAAAUGGAAAAGGUUAUUCAUAUUCAGUAGAUUUGUGGAGCAUUGGAAUUUGUCUUUACGAAUUUAUGUGUGGAGGAGUUCCAUUUGCUGAGGAUGCAGAAGACCCAUAUGAAAUAUACGAGGAAAUAACAAAGAAGCAAAUCUCCUAUCCAAAUCAUCUUAAAGACAGGAAAGCUAAAAAAUUUAUUGAUUAAUUAUUAAAUAAGACUCCAGAAAUUCGUUUAGGAGGAAGUUAUGCAGCUUUGAAAGCAAAUACUUGGUUUGAUGGUUUGGAUUGGGAUAAACUAAUGGAUAAAGAGCUAAAGCCUCCUUAUAUUCCUCCUAAGGAUAGGCUAAUUGGGGAUAAGGAAAUAGUAACAAUAGAGAAGUAGAACAAGAGCAUAUAGAGCGAAAUCAAGAAUGACCUCGGAGAUAAAAAUUUAUAUAAGAAAGAAUUAGCUAAGGAUCCUAAUUGGGAUGAUAAAUUUAAUUGA